AUGAACUGGUUCAGACAGACACUGGCAAAUACCGUGGGUACCGCGGAACCCGAGUAUGGCCCCGACGCGAUACAGACUGUCACCGCUCAGGCUGAGAAGACGCCGUUCUCCGAGUUGACCAAAGACGACCUUAAGUGGAAGGCUAUGCAGGCCACCAAUGUGGAGACCCAGGUUUUCUAUCUGAUUUCGAAUGAUGGCAAGGUUGCCUCCGUGCAGGUGAUCUAUAACAACGUCGCUGGCCUGAUGACCACUUGCCAGCUGAAUGUCAAGAUCUUUAACCAUCGUGGCCCUUCUGCCGCCGACCAUUUGUGGUUGUCGGACCCGCUUGAGAACCAUGGCUUUGACGAAGACAUGGUCUCAUUUUACGCAGACGGCCUUUCGAUUUCUCUGAACGAGGAAGGUGAUGCGUACAAUAUCAAAUCCGCUCGUAACGAGUCCGCCCUGCUUGACCUCGUCGUCAAGCGCGUGACACCUGGUUUCCAGGCCGGCCAAAAUGGGACAACUUAUUAUGGAACGGACCCUCAAAAUCCGUGGGGAGAGAUGAGGCAUCGCUUUUGGCCUCGCUGUGAAGUCUCGGGUAGUAUUAUUACGCCCCAGCAAGAGUAUGAUUUCUCUGGUCGCGGUGUCUUCAUUCAUGCCAUUCAGGGAAUGAAACCACAUCAUGCCGCCGCAAAGUGGAAUUUCGUUACAUUCCAGACUCCUACUUACUCGGCUAUCAUGAUGGAAUUCACCACCCCACCAUCGUAUGCUUCUACCAUUGUCAAUGUAGGUGGUAUUGCCAAGGAUGGCGAAAUUGUCUUUGCUGGAGUUAAAAACAUGGUCAAGUAUGCCGACUCCAAGGAAGACCCUGAAACACUCUGGCCGGAGCCGGGCUCGGCUGAGUGGACUUGGGAGGGUAAUGAUAAAGAUGGCCAUAUAUCUGCCACAAUCAAAGGCUCCCUGGGCAAUCGGACCGAUCGGGUGGACGUUUUAGCUCAUAUCCCUGGUCUGAUCAAAUCAUUGGUUGGAGGCGUGGUUGGAACAAGGCCUUUUGUGUAUCAGUUCACAAGCCCCCCGCGGGACUCUCUUACCCUUUCGAUCAAAUCUGGGGAUGGCACACCCGUCGAAGAGCAGGGAACACUCUUCUGUGAAGCAACAUUUAUCUCCUAG